AUGAGUCUAGCGAGGGAGUUCAUUCGUAUGGACAUCAAAAGUGGGCAAACAGUGAGGUUUUGGACAGAUAUAUGGCAUCCAAAAGGGAGUCUAAUAGACAUUACGGGGGAGAUUGACACUCAGAAAUUGAGAAUUCCGCGUAAUGCAAAAAUAUGUGAGGUUCAUGUUGAUGGCUUCUGGCAGAUACGGCGUUGCAGAGACCGUCGUAUUCAAGUGCUGAUGCAGGAGGUUUGGGACUUCCCUAUCUCACAUUCUGUAGAUGUCAUGGACGGAGUUCUGUGGAGGAAGGGACCUGAUGAUUAUGGGGACGGGUUCUUGUCAGAUGCAACUUGGCAGCAUAUAAGGCAGCAGAAACAAAAGAUUCAAUGGACUAAACUGAUUUGGUUCUUGCAAGGUGUUCCGCGAUUUGCUUUCAUCUCAUUGCUUGCUUUCCGGGACAGCCUAGCUACUGGUCACCGGACCGGAGUUUGGGGACAACCGCAAGGCUGUCUAUUCUGCGGCGAGCCUGAAGACACACACGACCAUCUCUUUUUGCUUAUCCGUACACUCUCACGCUAUGGCUGCAAGUCGUAG